UAUCAAAUGAUAUUUCUUCUAAAACAACACCACAAAGCAAAUAUCAAACAAUAUUAUUCUACAUAAAGGUUGCUGAAUUAUGUCUUGCUUUCAACGAUUAUCAGACUUGUCAAGCAGUACUCUUUGGUCUUCAUUCACCUCAAGUGUAUAUACUAGAUAACGACUGGUGGUAUCUAAACCAGAAAUCACCGAAGGAAUAUAAAAAACUCAGUGAGAUAUCUAAACUUGUCUUAGAAGAGAAAUGUUAUAUUCAACACCAUAUAGAACAGAAAAAAGGUAAAACCAGAUUACCUAUACUUCAUCAUUUAAUUCUUCACCUAUGGGGCAUACGUCCUGAAGCAAAUAGAUUUCAGAGAGCAGCGAAUGCGAAGACGACCAAAUUAAAGAGGUCGGGGACGAAAUUACAGCAACUUAAACUAUCGUUGUCUUCAUCUCUUUUGAAGAUUAAAACAAGCGCAGGAAAAGUCUCCAAUAUUCGCCUCGAUAAAGAAAAUUCAUCUGCUAGCACAGGUCUUCAGAUUGCCGAUCGUCGAGCCUCUGGCGUUCCUGUAUCUCCAGAGCCGAAAGAAGAAACUUCUUUAGAUCAAACUAUUAAAGAACAGACUGAAGUAGCUAAUGACUUUUCUAAUACAAUUCUACAAGAGGCGAUAAACAUUGUAACCUCAGGGAACUGCGACACUAGAUUAAAUUUAGAACUUGUUAAAAGUUAUGAUGUCGUUAAAGAGGACGUUAAGUCCACGAAACAAUCGUUACCGGGUAACGAAAGUAAAAUUUCAACGCAAGAUACAUCGGUGACAAAUCAAGAAAACAAGAAAGACAAAAAACGAAAAUUUUUUUCGCGAAAAAAAUCUAAAACGGAAGAUGAGCAGCAGAAAGUUUCAAAGUUACAAGAAAAACAAACGAAGGGCCAGGGAGUGAAGAAAAAGGCGACAGAUAAGGAAAAAAAUAAAACGGAAAACAAACAGAAGGUUUUAAAGUUAAAACAAAAGAUGCUAAAGAUAGAAAGGAAAGAAUCGAUAGAUAAGCAUACCCAAACCGAUGAUGAAAAAAUAACCGGAAUGAAUGAAUCGAAAGAGACGAUCGAAACCAUCCCGACAGCUAGCGCCAAGGAAUUGAAAUCAAAAGAGAAGCUGCAGAAAAAGAAGAAAUCGAAGCGGGAAAUUAAGAACUCGCCAGAUGAAGAUAGUAUAAGUAUUCCAGAUGGAAUUGCUAGACCAAGGAGCUGGGGAGAACUGCCGAUGACAGAGGAAGUAAACGUCCAGAAGACGCCAACCACAAGUAUUCCUACCAUAAACUCGAGAGGCAAACUACAAAUAGAAGAAUCUAUAGACGAUGAAGCCUCACCUGAAAAACGCCAGUCAUUGACGCCCACGCUAGAAAUCAAAGAAUCUAUAGAAGAUGAAAACGAUUCACAAUAUUAUACAACGCGCCAUAAAUCAAUCUCCAUCGAUGACGGUUCAAGACGAAAAUCGCUUUUUGAAGAAUCGGCUGAUGAUGAAAAGAUGAUUGAACAAAGAGAGGCAAAGAUGGAGGACGCGAUAGAAGAGAAAGUUAAGGAGGUUCGCCGGGGUUCAAUAUUCGAUGAUAGUUACUUAGAUACUGAUCCAGCUGUAUCAGAGGUUCCAGUGUCUAAAUCGAAAGAUACCCAUAGACCAUCAUUACUGCAAUCCGGUGACGGUUCAAGAAGAAAAUCGCUUUUUGAAGAAUCGGCUGAUGAUGAAAAGAUGAUUGAACAAAGAGAGGCAAAGUUGGAGGACGCGAUAGAAGAGAAAGUUAAGGAGGUUCGCCGGGGUUCAAUAUUCGAUGAUAGUUACUUAGAUACUGAUCCAGCGGUACCAGAGGUUCCAGUGUCUAAACCGAAAGAUACCCGUGGACCAUCAUUACUGCAAUCCCUCUUCAACCGUGCCAAAAAACAGAAACCCAAAGUCUCACAUGAAAAACGCCAGUCAUUGAUCGGUAAAUCCGAGCUCAGUGUAUGUUCUUGCUUAAGCGAAGUGUAUUCAGAAGAUAUUCAGAAAAAAGAAAGAAAUGUAAGCUUUGGUGGAGUGGAUCAUAAGUCAUUUACGUUGUUGGGCAAGUCUAAUAAUGAAAAUACGAAUUCUAGCGGUUCUAAUAAAACAGCCCACACUUGUGAACAUUGUGGGGGUUCCUGUAUUUAUUAUACUGAUCCAUUUCAUGAGAUUUUAAAUUGUCAGGUUUUGGCAAUUACAUACAUGAAUUCUAAUUCUAGUCGAAUUCCUCUUAGAAGAUUAAUACAAGACAAAAUAAAUCAAACUAUAAAACAUUAA